UGACGGCGCCGCAGCCGCCGCCAUUAGCAGCGCCGCAGACUACAGCUCCCGGCAGCACCCUGGGCCGCCGCUUCCCCCCGUGCUAAGAUGGCGGCCGCCGAGCCGCGCGUGGCGGUGAGCGCGCCGCCGGGAUACAUGGCGCUGGCGGUGAAGUUCGGUGCGCGGCAGCGCUCGCCGCACUGUCUCUUGGUGAAGGAGCACCGGGUGCGGGAAGGGCCCGCGGACACGCAUCCGCCGCAGCGCACCCUGUUCGUCCUCAACGUCCCCCCGUACUGCAGCCCGGACGCGCUGUCCCGUCUGUUCUCCUGCUGUGGGGCCGUGCAGUCUGUGGACCUCCGUGACAAACCGGGACCGGGAGAGAAGGCAGAAAAACGCACGUCCAAGUUCUUCACCAACAGAACGGCAACGGGAUUUCGAGUUGCAUAUGUGGUGUUCAAGACACCAGCUGGUGUCCAGGCAGCCAAGGCACUAUCACAGAAAGGUCCAUUGUUGAUAUCAACAGAGAGUCACCCUGUGAAAACUGGCAUUAGCAAGUGGAUUGCCAGAUACGCAGACUCGGUAGUGGAUCGAGAAGAACUGAAGGCUGAGGUGGAUGCCUACAUGCAAGACUAUGACAAAAGGAUAGCGGAGGAAGAAGCCAAAGCAGCCAAGGAGGAGGGCUUACCAGAUGAGGAGGGCUGGGUGAAGGUAACACGGAAGGGCCGCAAGCCUGGCCUGCCCCGGACAGAGGCUGCCAACCUGCGGGUGCUGGAGAGGGAGAAGCGGAAAAAGGCCCGCAAAGAGCUGCUCAACUUCUAUGCCUGGCAGCAUCGUGAGACCAAGAGAGAGCAUAUUGCCCAGUUGAGGAAGAAAUUUGAGGAGGACAAGCAGAGAAUUGCACUGAUGCGAGCCCAGCGCAAGUUUAGGCCAUACUGAGCUGAGCUGUUUCUUCUGAUGCCUGUGCUGGAGAGGGCAGGAGAGAUGCUUACAGACUCACGUGCCAUAGGGUUUCGAGGAACUGAGGCAAUUUCAUAUCCCUGCCAUUGGAUCUCAUGUGGGAGCAUUGGCUUCAGUCGCACUGCAUCUUCCUGCUCUCAUGGCUGUGCCUGCACUGACAUCAUCCAGUACCAUUUCCCUAUUUGCAUGGGCCAAGGGGGCUGAGGCGUGUCUUCUGACAGCCUGUAUCUCUGUGCCAACCAAGGCCCUCCUGAAGUUUGGUAAGAGACAGUAUUUGCCCAACACAACCUCUGCAGGGGCAGGGAAUGGCUGAAGAAUUGUAAAUAAACUGGUGCUGCUCCUCAAAGGCA